GUUCAACUACAUUUCAUUUCGUUUUCUUGACUUGUUUGGUUCCAUCAAUUCUUCUCUCAUCAAUAUCAUUGCGUAACCUAAUCAUGGAACCAGCCAAAAAUCUGGAGCUCAUUGAUCAGGCUAUCAAGAAGCUCUUAGCAGAGAAAAGAAACAAAGAAUCCUCUGGUGAUGAUGGUUUCCUCCAGGAUGAUAACGAUCAACUUCUCCUCUCCAAAUUGCUUUCCGAGUUGGAAUCACUAAAAGGGAAUGAUGCUAGACUUGAGCAAUCUGAUAUAUCACCUGGAGCGGAGGAGGAGGAGGAGGUAAAUUCUCCUGCAAUUGGUGAAGUGUUGUCAAGACAUGAGAACAGCAUUGAAAAUACAGCCGCUGAAGAGAUAGCUAAAGAGCUUAGAAAACUGAGGAGGCAGAAUUUUGUUACGCAGUGCCUUCUUUCAGCAAUGAUUGUCCUCACUGUUGCCUGGCAGGUAUCUCAGGUGUCCAUCAUUUUGCAAGUUAAAGAUGGGUUGAGCCACCCGUUUAAAUCCUUUGGGAGUAUGUUAGCUGGGAUGCUGAAACGUUCCCGUGCCAACGGUCAAGAUUCAGAAAAUCAGCAGUCAGAAGUGGUUCCUGUCAAAGUUCCUCCUUUAAAAAUUCCAGAGCUUCCACAUAUCGAUUUAGGUUCCAACAUUGAGUAGCAUUUCCUACAUUUCAAGUGCGUUUGAUGGCAAACCAAUGAAGGGUACCCGCUAAGUAGGUGUUUGGUAGUGAUUCUGCUUCUAGCUAUUUUUAUUUUUCAAAGAUGUUUUUGGAUUAAAAUAAUAUUUUUUUAUAUAGUUUUAAUAUAUUGAUGUUAAAAAUAAAAAAUAUAAAAAAAUUAUUUUAA